CCAAUGCCGGCUCCGAGAAAUUUUUCAGCACAGCCGCAGUUAAAGUGCCAGAUUUUGGCGUUGAUGUGCUCUCCACCAAUGGCAGCCAGGAGCCUAACGGCCCAGGCCUUCUCAAGGUGUCAGGCCUAGAGCGCAGUCAAGAGCGGAGCCAGGAGAACUGCAGGGACCCACAAGCCCCUGCAGCCAGCACCCCAAAUCAGCCUUUGCCCCCCCAAGUCAUCCCCCUGACUCAGCCCCAGCCAUCCAUCCCCCUGCCCCAGUCCCCCAACUGGAGCCAGGCGAAAAGCCCAACCCAGGCACCAGCCGCAGCCCACCCGCCCCCACGUUCAGAGGCUCUUCCCAGGCCUCAGACGCCCGCAGCCCUGCCUCUCGCCCAGGGCCAAGAGCCCUCGCUGCCCCCCCCUCCCCGGCCCCAGCAUCAGCCUGAACUGCUGUCUCACCCCCGGCCAUCACCAACGCCCAGCCUUCACCCACAUCCUCCAUCACCUGCCCUCCCAACCCACCACCCUCACCAACAGCAUCCCAGUCAGGCAGGGCCCCACCGGCCCCCGUCCCGCUGCCACUCCCGGCCCCUGUCUGUCUACAACGGCCUUAACCUCAACGGUCACAGCAGCAGCAGAAGCAGCACCCCAGGCUCCAAGCCCCACGGGCCGCCUGGUCCCUCCUUUCACCUCCCCCACCACCCGCCCCCUCCCGCGGCGGCAGCAGCAGCAGCCUCUACCUUUCCCCUGCCCUUGGCUGCCAACCAGAGUACCCCCCACGGCUUCCCCCCUGCCUUGCAGUCCUUGCCACACCCACACCACCCCAAUAUGUUCGCUCCUCCAGCAGCCUUACCUCCACCACCACCAUUGACUUCGAGCACCCUGCCAGCACCUGGACAUCCUGCAGCUGGGAGUGCCUAUUCAGAGCAAGAACUUCUGCGCCAGGAGCUCAACACCCGUUUCCUGGCCUCUCAAAACUCCGACCGCGGCGCCUCGCUGGGCCCUCCCCCCUACCUGCGCACCGAGUUCCACCAGCACCAGCAUCAGCACCAGCAUCAGCACCAACACACCCACCAACACACCCACCAGCACACCUUCACGCCCUUCCCCCACGCCAUCAUGCCCACCCCAGCACCGCCUAUGGUGCGUACCCCUACCAGAAAUUUUGACAAAUACCCAACGAAAGUGGACCCCUUCUACAGACACAGCCUCUUUCACUCAUACCCACCGGCCAUGUCUGGCCUGCCCCCUGUCAUCCCUCCGACCGGGCCCUUCGGCUCGCUGCAGGGCGCCUUUCAGCCCAAGACCUCUAAUCCACUGGAUGUGUCCACAAGACCAGGAGCCGUCCCACACACAUUCUUACAGAAGGACCCCAGGCUAACGGAUCCAUUUCGGCCCAUCCACAGGAAACCAGGGAAGUGGUGCGCCAUGCAUGUCCAUACUGCCUGGCAGAUAUACCACCACCAGCAGAAAGUCAAGCAGAUGCAGGUCGACCCUCACAAGCUUGACUUUGGCCUCAAACAUGAGUUCCUGAGUCGACCUCCAGGCCCUGGCCUGUUCGGCGCCAUCCAUCACCCCAACGACCUGGCACGCCCAGCUACGCUUUUCUCCGCUGCAGGUCCCAACCACCCAUCUGCAGGUCCCUUCGGCCAUCCAGCCCACCAUCCUGGAAACUUCCUCGCCCCGGCAUCUCACUUAGAACCUUUCCCAAGACCACCAUCCUUUGGAGGACUGGGAACUCUCAGUUCAUCUGCUUUUGGAGGACUGGGAAAUCCAGCACUAACGGCCAACUCAGUGUUCGGCCAUAAAGAUGGCCCCAACCCACAGCAGCACUUCAACAGCAGCAGUAACAGUGGCCACCAGGAGCCUUGGAACCGUCUCCACCGUACCCCACCCUCCUUCCCGACACCGCCACCCUGGCUGAAACCCGGAGACUCUGAGAGGAGCGCCUCCGUCAGCUCCCAUGAGAGAGACCGAGACUCUGACAAGAGAGACUCAGUCAGUAAGGAUGAUAAGGACAGGGACUCUGUAGAGAAGCGUCAGCUGAGCCAUCCAUCACCAGUCCCUGUAAACUCCAUUAACCUCCUAGGCCACAAUCGGCCUCCUGAGCACCACAGGAACCAUCUGCCCCCUGCUUCUGGAGAACCUCAGAGGGAAAAAGAGAACAAGGCAAAAGACAGGGAGAGGGACCACUCAGAGUCCUGGAAAGACAAUGGCACAGAUGACCACAAGCUCAAAGACAGCCAGCACAGUGACAAGGACACACCUGUCAUCCUUGACAGCCGAGUUUCAGAGGACAAAGUGCCCAACAGGGGGACAACGUCACCCUACAUCCGGCAGACCAGCCUAGAACGUCCCAACAGCGGCCUGAGCAGAGAGGUCCUUGAGAAGAAGAUAGACCUGCCAUAUGAGCACCAGAAGAAAAACAUUGAAGUGAAAGUGAAGGAGGAGAGGAAGGAGGAACAGGAUGGAGCUACAGAGAGGCCAAGUGAGCAUCCGCUACAGGCACCCAACACACAAAACCUCCACCCUCCCUCCUCCAUGCCCAUGCACAUGGGCAUGGCUGGUGUCCAUCCCAUGAACAGCAUCAGCAGUCUGGACAGAACUCGAAUGGUGGCACCCUUCAUGGGUAUUAGUCCAAUCCCAGGAGCAGACAGGUUCCCCUACCCUGCCUUCCACUGGGACCCAAUGCGGGACCCCUACAGGGGCCUGGACAUUCACAGACGGGACCCCUUGGCCAGAGAACUGCUUCUAAGAAAUGAUCCUCUGCACCGCCUAGCAGCGCCACGUCUCUACGAGACCGAGCGCUCCUACAGGGACCGUGAGCCCCAUGACUUUAAUCGUGACCACAUCCACCCUCUGGCCCUGGAGCAGAGGAGGGAGCAUGAACGUGCACAUCUGGAGGAGCGCGACCGCCUCAACAUGCUCAGAGAGGACUAUGAGCAUGGUCGCCUCCACCACGCAAUGCACCAUCCUGCCCUUGAGGGUCACCUACCCCACCCAGCCCAUGGCCUCAUGGCCCCUGGACUUCCAGGCAUGCACUUCUCCAGAGUCAGCCCCUCGGCUGCAGCAGUAGCGGCCCAUCAGAAUGGUAUCCUCAACAAAACACCACCCACGGCCUCGCUGAGUGCCCCGCCCCCACUCAUCCCCACAUUGGGUGCCAGGCCUGGCUCACCCAGACGGACUACUCCCCUGGCCACAGAUAUCAGAGACAGGCCGCCUCACAAAGACAUUGAGGCACGGUGAGCUGAGCUUCAGCAGACUCAAACUCCUUCAGCCCUGUGCCUCAUUAACACUGAACUCACACCAAGCACUUAGCUUUGGGCAAAGCAAGACUGUAAUAUAGCUGUGAAUAACUUAUGAGGGCAGAGACAUGCCCACACAAUGAAUUUUUUUUGUAUAAAACUACAAAGAGACAAUAUUCAUGGAACAAAAAAAUACAUUUUUAAGAUUUUUCCUCAGUUUACUCCAGCUUUUUGUGUCACUUCUUGUGCUGCGGAGUAAGAAUGAACAAAUUUGGAAUGUAUAGGUACUUUAGCACUGACAGCAAAGUGUGUAGAAAAUAUGUACAGUCGCUGUGCUCACUCUUUAUGGAUUAAAAAUCAUGGUACAAAUAUGCAAAAGGGUGUUUUGAAAGCUUUACUUUGAUCAAAUGUACACAGAGGAGUAUUAAGGCAGUGAUUCAGAAUGUGCUUUUUGCCAUGUCUUUAGUUUCUUUUUGGUUGACGCAGCUGAUUAGCAUUGUACCAGUGACCCCAUAUUCAACUAUGCAACUAAUGUCCGGGCUCCCUUCCUGAAAGCCGGCCUUCUCACCACCACAGACGGUGCACCAAUGACUGACCAAGAGCUGUAUUCUCUCAACAACUCAGACUCAAACACUGGGUCGCUGCAGCCAGAGAUGAGCUUUAACUGAUCCACACAAUUUGGAAAAGGUUACAUUUCGAAAAAAUACUGUCACGACUAUGAUUAAUUGUGUUGACAAUCCUAGAAACAGGUAGGGGAAGAAUUGCAUUUCAAAUGAUUUCUAAUGUUAAAAGCCAGCAGCACAAAUGUUAAGGUACUUUUUUAUCCUACUCUUCUCUACGUCAGUUACCACCAGUCUUGUUCUGGGGAGAAUGCAGCACAUUAAACACCAUGACAGCACAUGAGCCCUAUUGACGGAGUGUAAAGUACAUGUUUUGGAAAUAGGUUCUGUUGGUCAAACAGUGUAUCAAAGUGCUUUCCUAAGUUGUUGUACCUACAAAAUCAAAAGACAAAAAAGCAAGUCUGACAAAGGAUAGUUUGUUUCUAAUGAGCAGAGAUCUAUUUUAGUAGUCCACUGAAGGUUUAGUUGUGCGCUUCAAACUCUGUGAUAUCAUGUUGUGCAGUGUUUUUUAAUCCAACAUAAAAAUGUCCACCGGAGCCAUAGUGGUUAGUUGAUGCGUAUUUCAAAAAGAUUGUUAAAUGAGAAUUUUUUUUGCUGUUUAACUUGUACAGGGGGAAAAAAUGAAGUCUUUCUAGAUCAUGUACAAAAAUGAGAAAAAAUGAAGCGACUGAAUCUUCAGCAUGCUCCUCAUUUAAACUUGUGUUAUGUAAAUUGUGCCAUGUUAUUAA